AAUUGCCGUGGCGCGCCCGCCCCGCCCCUCCCGGCCCGGCGCCGGCUGUCAGGGUCCCGCCGGGCGCCCGAGGCGGGGGUGAGGCGGACGGACGGGCGGGCUGACGGACAGGCUCGCGGCGCCCAUGGCCCGCCGCGUCCCGGGGAGGACUGCAGCGUCGUGGUCGCUGUCGGUGGCCCUGGCCGCGGUGGCCUGCGGGUGCGCGGGCCGCGGCGGCGUCUGGGCGUGCAGGAGCGCCUUUUCAUCCUGUUGGUUCCCCCUCAACUCCAACGACAUGUCUUGCACGAAGGACGCGAAGGUGCCCUCCCACCACAAGGCCCGCACCUCUCCCUACCCCGGCUCGGAGGUGCAUCGCCGCCAGGUGCCCAACGAGAAGGUGGGCUGGCUGGUCGAGUGGCACGACUAUGACCCUGUGGAGUACACGGCCCGCUCGGUCUUGGCCGGGCCCCAGUGGGCCGACCCACAGAUCAGCGAAAGUAACUUUUCUCCCAAGUUUAAUGAGAAGGAUGGACAUGUGGAGAGGAAAAGCCAGAAUGGCCUUUAUGAGAUCGAAAACGGCAGGCCGAGAAAUCCUGCAGGACGGACAGGACUUGUGGGGCGAGGUCUUUUGGGGCGCUGGGGCCCAAACCAUGCUGCAGAUCCCAUCAUAACUCGGUGGAAAAGGGAUAAAAGUGGAAAUAAAAUCACCCACCCCGUAUCUGGAAAAAAUAUCUUACAGUUUGUGGCGAUAAAAAGGAAAGACUGUGGAGAAUGGGCCAUCCCAGGGGGCAUGGUGGACCCGGGAGAGAAGAUCAGCGCCACCCUGAGGCGCGAGUUCAGCGAGGAGGCGCUCAACUCCCUGCAGAAGUCCAGCGCCGAGAAGAGGCAGCUGGAGGAGCAGCUGCACAAGCUCUUCAGCCAGGACCACCUCGUGAUCUACAAGGGGUAUGUGGAUGACCCUCGCAACACCGACAACGCGUGGAUGGAGACGGAAGCUGUGAACUACCACGAUGAAACCGGUGAGAUCAUGGAUAAUCUCGCCCUGGAGGCCGGGGACGAUGCCGGGAAGGCGAAGUGGGUGGACAUCAAUGACCAGCUCCAGCUCUACGCCAGCCACGCGCAGUUCAUCCGCCACGUGGCCGAGAAGCGGGACGCGCACUGGAGCGAGGGCCCGCAGGCCCACUGCCGGGGGGUGUAGGGGGCUGCAGGCCCACGGCCGGGGGUGUAGGGGCCGCAGGACCCGCCAGGGGGAACAGCACACCCCGUGAAACAGGGCGGGAUUCUUUCCGGCCCGAAGGAAUGUCAUCACACUUUGUAUUAUUCGACUUCAGCAUGACCGGACUUAAACGAGCACUGAGCUGAGGAGCUGCAAUGGAAAUAAGGGCCACCUGCUCCCCAGGCGCGUCUCCACCUGUCACAGAGCUCGCCGUCCUCCUCCUCCUCCUCCUAGUUGUCUAAGACCAGAGGCCCUCCCUUCGGGGGGGGCCCCGACGUUGUCUAAAACUGAGGCUUCUUUCAGUUGUUUGUCUUCCGUCUUACUGAAGCUGGUUUCCAAAAUGGGAACUUUGUGUAUUUUUAACACGAACCACCAAUUUUAUGAGGUAAUUUUAGUCACCGGUGAAGUCAAUAAAGUUAAUGAUCAAGGAA